CAUCAACCUUUGCCCAACCAAAGUCCAGUAAUGCCCGGCAGCUCUGUGCAAAAACCCUCAUCCUCAGCGACUGUGAGUCUGAGCCGGCGGCUGCACUCGUCCCACAGCUAUGGCCUCCACUACUCAGCCUCGUACUUGCACUGUGACCAAACAAGAGGGCAAGGGCUUUGGUUUUUAUUUACGCAUUGAGAGAGAUGAGGUGGGCCAUCUCGUCCGUUCUGUCGAGCCGGGAAGUUCUGCUGAGAAGGCGGGUCUGAAGGACGGAGACAGAGUGAUGAAAGUCAAUGGCAAGUUUGUGGAUGACAAAGAACAUGCUGAGGUAGUAGCUCUGAUCAAGGACAGCGGCACCACCGUAACUCUUGAGGUUUUGGAUAAAACUGCCUAUGAGAAUACCAAGAAAAAGGAAGACAACAAGAAUUCAAAUCAACCAGCGAAGCAGCCGGAAGCCCCCCAGCCUGGGGCGCAACCAUUAGCCAAUGGGGGGAAAGCUCUGAAACGAAGGCCAAGGCUUUGCUACCUAAUUAAAGAAGGAAACAGCAGCUAUGGAUUUUCUCUUAAAACCACUAAAUGUGAGAAUGGAAUAUUCUUGUCAGCGCUGGUACCCAAUGGGAUUGCAGCCAAAGCCGGCGUCAAGGACGACGAUCGUAUCAUUGAAGUGAAUGGAAAAAAUGUAGAAGAUUCCACUCAUGACAAGUUGGCCAAAAUGCUGAAGGAAUCGGGGGGCAAAAUCAUGUUCCUUGUCUCAGACAAGGCGACCGACGAGUACUUCAAGAGUCAGACGAUGGCGAUUACCGCAGACAAAGCCAACGUGGAGCUGCUGCCUUCUAAACCAAGAACCGUGGAGCUGAAGAAGGACACUAACGGCUACGGGUUUUAUUUGCGGCAAGAAAAAAACCGUAAAGGUCACUUUAUUAUGGAGAUUGACUCAGGGAGCCCAGCGGAGAAGGCCAAGCUGCAGGACUACGAUCGCAUCGUUGCAGUAAAUGGAGAGUGUGUGGAGGCGAAGGAUCACGAGGAGGUGGUGAAGGUGAUUCAGAAAGGAGGAGACAAGACCACUUUGCUGAUUGCGGAUAAAAAGACUGAUGAAAUGUAUUCCCUGGCCGGUGUCUCACCCUAUUUAUAUUUACAAGAAACCCAAGGGGAAAUUAAGAGCAGCUCUAAAGAAGAGGCCACUCCAGCUCCGGCAGUAGUUCCAUCGCAGACUCCGACACCAACUGUCGCCCCAGCCCAACCUUCUGCCGUGGAGCCGAAAAAACCUGAAACACCGGCUGCUCCGACUGGCGGCCAAAAGCACAAGCCCAGGCUGUGUAAGCUGCAGAAGGGUAACAAUGGGUAUGGCUUCCACCUCAAUGCCAUCAAGGAUACCCCGGGCCUGUUCAUGAACCAGGUACUAAAGGGAGGUUCGGCAGAUGUGGCUGGGAUAAAAAAUGACGAUGUUCUGGUGGAGGUCAAUGGAGUAAAUAUGGAGAAGGAGAGCUAUGAAGACGUCUUGAUUAAAAUCAAGGAAACAAAGGGGAUCCUGACUUUGUUGGUGGCAUCACAGGAAGCCUAUGACUACUUCAAGGGGCAGAAGAUCCCAAUAACUGCCUCCUUGGCAGAUCCAGUAAGUGAGGUUUCUCCCAGCUCCAGUGCGGCUGCCCCGGCAAGCACAGCAAGCAAGGCAAGAGCUGCUCCUGAGCCAGCAGAAGUGCAAUCCAACCAGAAACCUGCUGAGGAACCAAAGGAAAAGGAUAUGGAGAAGGAAAAGGAGAAAGAAUUGGAAAAGGAGAAGGAAAAAGAGAAAGAAAUGGAGAAGGAAAAGGAAAAAGAAAUUGAGAAGGAAAAAGAGAAGGAAAAGGAGAAAGUGGAGCAGAAAUCCGAGCAGAAACCCGAGCAGAAACCCGAGCAGAAACCCGAGCAGAAACCCGAGCAGAAACCCGAGCAGAAAGCAGAGACAAAGGCAGAGGAGCAGGAGGAGGGGGACACUAAUCUGUAAUAGUAAAAGGCUUUCUGGGUGUCUUCCUUGAUUAUCAAUUUGCCAGUUUAUAUUUCCUAUUGGUUUAACCAGAAUAAGUUGCAAACGCAGACGGCUUGAUGGUCCUCCUACAGCUGAGAGACCAUUGUCCUACCUGAGGAGAACCCACCGACACUCAUGGACUUCAUCCCUCCAGUGAUACCAACCCAACCCCUCAGCGGGACAAACGGAACUCUAUACACGGACAGAUGCCAAAAACACUCUGAUAUUUGCCGGCUCUUCCCUUCAUCAGAAGCCAAUAUGGCGGAAGGUGCACAGAGUGAAACUGGUUGAUCCUUCUGAAAAUUGUUCAGCUAUUUAUUGAUGUUCUGUAGACCUAGCAGCUAAACAUUUUGUAACAUGAGAUUGGGAGAUGAAAGGUCCAUGUCGGAUGUCACUUUGUCCCACCCUUUAAACACUGGGGGAUGUUUGGGGACCGGCAGUGCCUUUGUUUGUAUAGAAACCAUUGUGAGAGCUCACAAAUCUCCAGCAGCCAACUACUGUAUGGGCAAACAAUGCAAAAUGGCCGCUUAGCAGCUACCCAGUGUUUUGAAAUUUAUUGUGAGAGAUAUAGAAGAAUAGAAGUUAAACUUAAGUUAAUCUUGUCUAUCCGUUUAGAAGAAUGAUUCAAUUAAAAAUAUGGGUGGAAAAGAA